GCAGCGCAACAAGCUUGCCGCUGCGCUCUCCCGCGCGCAGCGCAAUCGAGAGGCAGCCCGCGGCGCAUUAAGCUCGUCAUACGUCUCCUGAGAGGCAGCCGACGCGGUUAUCUGGCGAGUCGUCGUCGAACACCACGACAGCCACAUUGUUGACACCACAGGGUGCCCAGCUCUCACGCUGAUGGCCCCGACGCUCACCACGACGGCGCGCGUGCGCCUGCGCCCGCCCAAGCCGCCGCCGCGGCGCGUCGAGCCGCCGCGGACGACGUCGAACGGACAUAGGAAGCAGGCGCCUGACGUCGUGGCCGCGGCCAAGCUGACGCUCGCGACGCUGCGCGCGGGCGACGCGCGCGCGGCGCGGCGCCGCUGCCUGCGCGCUGGGUUCCACGCGCUGCGCGUCGGCGUGGCGAACGAACGGUUAGAACGCGCCGCGACUGCCGUCAGACGGCGGGAGGCCGCGGCCGAGCAUGCCGCCGCCGCGAUAGCGCGCCGCGAGGCCGCGGCCGGCGAGGGCCCCAAGAGCCCGCCGCGCUGGGUGAAGGCGCUCGUCGCGUCGGAGGCGCGAACGGCGGCCGCCUCGGAGCGGCGCGGCCACGGCGUGGCUCUGCGGGGCGUCGGGCGCGCGGCCGACGCCGUCGUUAUGGCGUGCGCCGCCGCGGCCGCGGCUGCGGGCGCGACGGCGCAAGCGGACAAUUCGCUGCUCACGGCGCGGUUGGCCGCGGCGAAUGCGAGCCGAGUGCGCGCGGAAACCGAGGCGCGGGAGGCCACCGAUGCGGCGGCGGCGCGCGUGGCGGCGGCCGAGCAAGCUCUCCGCGACGCCACCGACGCGGCCGACGCGCGCGUGUGGGCGGCCGAGCAAGAGCUCCGGGUCGCCACCGACGCCGCCAACAUGCGCGUGGCGGCGGCCGAGAAGGCUUCGUCCGUGGCCGAGACGCGGGCCAAUGCGUCAGAGACCUCUGCAAGCGAGAUUGUCGCCGUCGCCCGCGCCCGCGUGCAGAACGCGGAGAAAGAAGCGUUCGAGACGGAGGCCGCGGCGCAACAUGCCGUCGAAUCUGCGAAGCGCGCCGUCGCGGCGUCCGACGCGCGCGCCGUGCGGGCUGAGGCCGAGACGAAAAAAGCAUUGGCGGCGAUGCGAGCAUCCAUACCGGACGCGGCCGUCAGCCGGGCCCUCGCGGCGCGGUGGCGCUGCGCCGCGGCCGUCAGUAACACGCGGCGCGUCGCGGAUCACUGCUACGUUGGUUUGGCGGCCGACGCGGCGACGGACGCGCGGGACGAGACGGUGAACGAGCAGCACGCGCACCGCGAGACCACGGAGAGGAUGCGCGACGCCGAGGUCGACGCGCACCAGGCGCGCGAGGUGCUCGGCGCCGUCGAGCGCCGGAGCGCGCGCGUCGAGAAGGUCGCGUCCGUGGUGGCGAAGCGGCUGGGCACGCACGCGGCCGGCGGCGUCCUGAGAGCGCGGCUCCACAAGUGGCACCGGGCGAGCGAGACGUCGAAGGUGUCCGAGCAGGUGUCGCUGCGGCAGGUCGCGGCGUCGCGGUGGCUCGCCCGUCUCGCGGGGCGGUCACGACCUCGUCUUUCCCGCGCGUUCCACGGCUGGCGCCGCCGGACGACCGCCGACGUCGUGGCGGCCGCGCGCCGCGACGAGGCGGCGGUCGCGGCGAUGGAGCGCGCCGACGACGUCUGCGAGCUCAUCGACGCCGUCCGGUCGUCCGCGUUGCGUCGCAUCGCCGAACGCGCGGCGACGCGCCACGUGGCCCGCCGCCACGCGUUCGCCGAGUGGAAGGCCGCGACGAUGAUGGACGCGAACGACGAGCUCGCCGACGAGAAGAGCCGGUUGUUGCUGCUGCAGAGCCUGUGGGCGGCGCGGAUGGGGGGGCUCGAGUAG